AUGGUCAAACUUGCUGAGUUUUCUCGAACAGCCACGUUUGCGUGGUCACAUGAUAAAAUUCCAUUGUUGGUCUCUGGUACUGUCUCUGGUACCGUGGAUGCCAAUUUCUCCAGUGAUUCGUCUCUCGAACUGUGGUCACUGCUGGCCUCUGAUUCAGAGAAGCCUAUAGCUUCCUUGCAAGUGGAUUCCAAAUUUAACGAUUUAGAUUGGUCUCAUAAUAACAAGAUUAUUGCUGGUGCUCUGGAUAACGGUAGUUUGGAACUUUAUUCUACUAAUGAAGUAAAUGACGCUAUUAGCUCCAUGGCCAAGUUCAGCAACCAUUCUUCCUCCGUGAAGACGGUAAAAUUCAACGCAAAGCAAGACAACGUUCUUGCCUCCGGUGGCAACAAUGGUGAAAUUUUUAUUUGGGACAUGAAUAAAUGCACUGAAUCGCCCGCCAAUUACACACCAUUGACCCCGGGCCAAUCGAUGUCGUCUGUUGAUGAGGUCAAUUCCCUGGCGUGGAACCAAUCUUUGGCCCAUGUUUUUGCAUCUGCCGGGUCGUCUAAUUUUGCAUCUAUUUGGGAUUUGAAGGCUAAGAAGGAGGUUAUUCAUCUAUGUUACACUUCUCCUAACUCAGGUAUCAAGCAACAAUUGUCCGUUGUUGAAUGGCAUCCAAAAAACUCUACAAGAGUGGCAACCGCUACUGGUAGUGAUAACGACCCAUCCAUUCUUGUCUGGGAUUUAAGAAAUGCCAAUACACCAUUGCAGACUUUGAACCAAGGUCACCAGAAGGGCAUCUUGUCUUUAGAUUGGUGUCAUCAGGAUGAAAACCUAUUAUUGUCCAGCGGUAGAGAUAACACCGUCUUGUUAUGGAACCCUGAAUUAGCGGAACAAUUAUCCCAGUUUCCAACUCGUGGAAACUGGUGCUUCAAGACCAAGUUUGCACCAGAGGCACCCGAUCUAUUUGCCUGUGCAUCUUUCGAUAAUAAGAUUGAAGUACAGACAUUGCAAAACCUUACAAACACUCUGGAUGAACAAGAAUCUGAAACCAAGCAACAAGAAUCUGAAACUGAUUUCUGGAAUAAUGUUUCUCGUGAGGAAUCUAAGGAGAAACCAAUUGUUUUCCAUUUACAAGCACCAUCUUGGUAUGGAGAACCAUCUCCAGCUGCUCAUUGGGCCUUUGGUGGUAAAUUAGUUCAAAUUACUCAGGACGGUAAAGGCGUUUCGAUAACAAAUCCAAAAGUUUCAGGUUUAGAGUCAAACACUACUUUGAGUGAAGCGUUGAAAAGUAAGGACUUCAAACCAUUAAUAAAUCAAAGAUUGGUUAAAGUCAUUGAUGAAGUCAACGAAGAGGAUUGGAAUUUAUUAGAAAAGUUAUCAAUGGACGGCACUGACGAGUUUUUAAAAGAGGCUUUUGCAUUUGACAACAAUGAGUCUGAUGCACAAGAGGAUGUGGAUAAUGAGAAAGUGGACGAUGGAGAAGAAUUUUUUCAACAAAUUGAAACCAGUUUUCAACCCGAAGGCGCUUUCUCUUUGGCUGAUAAUGUCGAACAAACUAUUUCCAAGAACUUAGUUUCUGGUAAUAUUAAGAGCGCAGUGAAAAACUCUCUAGAGAACAACUUACUAAUGGAGGCUAUGAUGAUUGCAUUGGACUCAAAUAACGAGAGAUUAAAAGAAAGUGUCAAGAAUGCCUACUUUGCAAAGUAUGGAUCCAAAUCAUCCUUGUCUAGAAUAUUGUACUCCGUUUCUAAGAAGGAAGUAGGCGAUUUGGUUGAUAACUUGGAUGUCUCCCAGUGGAAAUUUAUCUCUAAAGCUAUUCAAAACUUGUAUCCAAAUGAUGUUGCCCUGAAGAACGAAAUGUUGAUCAAGUUGGGUGAUAGAUUAAAGAAUAAUGGACAUAGACAAGAUUCUUUGACCUUAUACUUGGCAGCCGGAUCGUUAGAUAAAGUAGCAUCGAUUUGGUUAGCAGAGUUUCCAGAUUUGGAAGAUAAACUGAAAAAAGAUAACAAAACUAUUUAUGAAGCUCAUUCCGAAUGUCUAACUGAGUUCAUUGAAAGAUUUACCGUUUUCUCCAGCUUCAUCAAUGGCAAUUCGACCAUUAAUAAUGAGCAACUAAUUUCUAAGUUUUUGGAGUUUAUCAAUUUAACUACUUCCACAGGAAACUUCGAACUAGCCACUGAGUUCUUGAACAGUUUACCAAGUGACAAUGAAGAAGUUAAGACGGAAAAAUCACGUGUCUUGGUUGCUUCUGGUAAGUCAUUAUCCCCACAAAAUCCAGUAACCGCAACAACGACAAGCAAGGCUAAGUAUACAAACGCCAAGACUAAUAAGAAGGUCCCAGUAUUACCAACCCCUGGAAUGCCUUCCACUACGUCUAUCCCUGGUGUGCACGCACCAUUCUACGGCACAACUCCAGGCGCAUCUACAGGCGCUUUACCUCCAAAUUCGUACGCUCCAGCCGCUACUACUGGUGCUCCGGUCCAUACGGAAGGUAAGUAUGCACCAUCUCAACCUUCAAUGAUGACACCUUUUGCCAACAAAACAAAUAGUUUCACCAGAUUGAAUUCAUUUGCUCCUCCACCUAACCCAUAUGCCACCGCUGCAACAUCUGCUGCAACCGCAUCUACUACCUCAAUACCUCAAAGUGCUUUCGCUCCAAUACAACCUGGUAUGCCUAUUAUGAGCGAUUUUAACGCUCCAUCUAGCUCCAUUCCUUCACAACCACCAAUCAGUGCUAUAUCGGGUCAAACGCCACACCUAAACCGUAAGGCCAAUGAUGGUUGGAAUGACUUGCCUCUAAAGGUCAAAGAAAAACCAUCUCGAGCCAAAGCUGUAUCAGUUGCACCACCAAACAUUCUAUCGACACCAACGCCAUUAAACAGUGUUCCUGCACAUGCUGCUAAUACUAUGCCUCCUCCACCACUUUCAAGAGCUCCUUCUUCUGUGUCAAUGGUAUCACCACCUCCUCUACACAAGACUUCUAGAGUUCCAUCUUUGGUUGCAACAUCUGAGUCACCAAGGGCAUCUAUUUCAAAUCCAUAUGCUCCUUCUCAAUCAGCACAACAACCUCUAAUGGGAACUUCUUCUAUAACAAGCCAAACUUCAAACGCUCAAGCAGCUAAUCCAUAUGCCCCCCCACCACAGCCAAGAGUAGCAACGCCAUUGCUUGGGGCCAUACCUCCAGCCCCUUUAUCAAAGGCCUCUAACCCAUAUGCACCAACUGCAGCUACUCAACCUAAUGGGUCCUCUUACGCCCCAACAAGUGCAUAUGCUAAUACACAUACUGUGACCUCUCCUCCACCUAUCUCCAAUAAGCUUCCAGCUGGACCACCACCAAUCAGUAUGAAGAAAAGAAGCAAUAAAUCAGCCAAUAUAGAUCAAAAGCCAUCUCAAGCUGAAUCCUAUCCCCCAACACUUUCAAGUUCGGCCUCUCCAUUGCAGACUUCUCAACCGCCAACAUUGGCUUCUCAGUCCAAUACCUCCACUGAAAAUGUCAGUCGUGAAGUCCCCGCAGAUCAACAACCCAUUGUUGACUUCCUGAAAGGAGAAUUAGCUCGCGUAACCCCAUUGACCCCAAAGGAAUAUUCCAAACAAUUGAAGGAUUGUGAUAAGAGAUUAAAAAUUCUUUUCUAUCAUUUAGAAAAGCAAGAUUUAUUAACUCAACCAACACUUGAUCGUUUACAUGACCUGGUCGCACUAAUGAAAGAAAAGAAAUACAAGGAAGCUAUGGCCAUCCACGCCGAUAUUGCAACAAACCAUGCUCAAGAAGGUGGUAACUGGUUAACAGGAGUAAAGAGGUUAAUUGGCAUAGCUGAAGCGACUUUGAAUUAG